GAGCCCCUGCGGACCCCAUCCCAGACCCACCGCGUGGCUGCACCGACCAGGACCCCCGCCCAGACGUACCCAGCACCUGCGGUGACCAGGACACAGCCUCAGCCAUGCCCGGCACCGAACAAGGCCUACGCCCAGGUUCGGCCAACACCCUCGCCGGCUCGCCCCACACCCCCAGUGUCCAGGACUCCACCCCAGCCCGGCUCAGUCACCAUGGCGACGAAGACCUCCCCCCAGAUGCACCUGGUCACCACCCCGGUCGGAAGCCCGCUGCGAACCACUCAGCCGGCCACCGUGUGCAAGACACCACCCCAGCCUGGCCCCUCGAGCCCCAAGACCAAGCCCCCGCCGCGGAUGCGCCUGGCAGCCAUCAUAACCAGGACCCCAGCAGCCCACAUCCGCUCCGUUGCCGCCGUCCUCAAGACGCUUUGCCUGACGCUUCAGGCCCCGGGAAACCCCAGGGCUCCACCUGGAGCGGCACAGCAGGCUGCUGGGACCCCCGGCACCUCACCCAGCCUGCAUGCGGACACACCGAGGACCAGGGGCCCCGCAAACACACCGCAGGCAACAGCGGGAACGGCGAAAGUCUCAGACCUCCGCUGUCGGGCCGAAGGGAGCGUCCGCGUCGCCCCCCAGCCACAUCUGGAAAGUGGGGCUCGCGGGGCUCCAACCAGGGGACCUGUGCGAACCGAGAAAACCCACACUGGUGUCCAGAAGCUGGUGAACGAGGAGACGGGGUCUAAGGCGGCAGCGCAAGCGACCAGGGCGCCAUCGUGGGCCAGACUGGCUGAGGAGAGGAGCCAGCCGCUGUCCCAGAUGCACCAGAGGACAGAAGUCCUCAAGGUCCAGUCCCAGGUGUACGUGCCCAUCCAGGCAGAGGUGGCCCUGCCGCGGGCUCAGGUGGCCGUCCCACUGACCAAGGCCCGGGCCCUGGGGCAGCCACCCAAGGUGUCAUCCCAGGCACAUCCGCAUAAGGCACAGCUGGCCGUAUGGCCACCAGCCACGUCCCAUGGCCCUCCGCCCACCGAGCAGACCAAGGCCCUGUCCCAGCCACACCUGGCCACCUGUCCGGCCAAAGCCUCGUCCCGGGCACCUCCGUCCGGCGGGCUGAGCAAGGCGCCCUCCCUCAUGCACCUCGUCACCUGUCUGACCAGGGCGCAGCCCCAGGCCCAGCUGGUGACAGAUGCGACCAGGCGCGUCUCAGGGUCCCGCGUGAAGCCGGACCACAGACAGGGCGACAUGGGCCCGGAGCGGCAGGGCAUGCUAGUUCCUCUGCUGGCUGCGGCUGCCGCCACACACCCCAGCUGUAAUGUGGAACCCUGGGGCAACAGCAAGACCACGCGGGCCCAGCUGCCAACACCCAGCCAGGCGGCACCCGGCCAGGAGGACAUGGUGGCCUCACAGAUCGCAGCCCUGUGCGCGGAGCUGGUCACCAUGCUGGACUCCCAGGAAGACCUACGCGUGCUGCUGACCAAGGCCCUCUCCCAGGGAGAGGUGCGGGCCAUCUUGAACCAGGCGCUGUCCAGCGAGAUCCUGGGGGCCACCAUGGCCAAGGUCCUGCCCCAGAGCAUGCUGGGAAUGGUCCUGGCGAAGGCGCUGUCCUGGGGCGAGCUGGGCACUACCCUGUCCCGCGCGCUGCCCCGGGCCGAGCUCUGCACAGAGCUGACCAAGGCCGUGCAGGGCAGGUUGGCCGAGGUGCUCAGCAGGGCACUGACUCAGGAGGAGCGGGCGGCUCUGAGCCGGGCGCUGUGCCAGGGUGAGCUGGGUGCCGUCCUCAGCCAGUUCCUGUCCCGGGCGGCCCCCAGGACCGGGGCCGUCCUCCCCAAGGCCUCCUCAAAAGUCACCAGCAGCAAGAUGCCGCUGCUACCGGCUCCGGCGUGGGGCCCCGGCCUGGGCUCCCCCGUGUGGCUGCAGUCCCACAAGGCAGCGUGGCCACCGUCGAGGUCCUGGACCACACUGGGAAGGGCAGCUGGGAUCAGGAGCCCCGCUUGGAGGCCCUGCUGUCUCAGGAACCUGUGGGGCAGCCCCGGGACCCAAGGGACCCAGAAGAAGCCGGAGGAGCCAGCCCCAGCCUUCACUGGCCAGCAGGGUAACCCCAUGCCCAGGUCAGUCCUCUGGGGCCACUGGAGGGACCCCGACCUUCAGCCUGCCGGCUACGGCCACUGGGCUAACACCAAGCCUGUCCCAGCCGACUGUGUCCACCAGGUCAUCCCUCGGCCUGGGUCACCCGUCUGUGGCCAGUGGGGAUGGCCUGUGGAUGGGGUGGGCCCGCCCCCGCCCCCGCCCCGCCCAUUUCUGGCUACCAGGAUGUGCCCUUAUCUGUCCCAGCCACGUGUGGCCACUCUGGGGUCCCCAAGCCUGCUCCGGCGACCCAUGGUCUGGCGGGGAGGUCGCAGCUUUCCUGAGCCACCUUCCGUGUCUGUGGGGGGCUCAGGUCUGCCGGGCUUGGGGAUACCCACUAUCCCCGCUCAGCCUCACCCAUCCUACCCAGGGGUGGGCCGCCGGCCGGGCUGGGGCCCGGACCAGGCUCUGCUAGGGAGCAGCAUGGGGCUGAGGGACAAUCCUCUCAUGGUGCCCAGCACAGUCCCAGACCCCCAGGACCCUGAGCUCGAUGGGCUGUGCCCCGAGUUCCAUCGGCCCCCCAGUAUCUGCGAGGGGUUACCAACUGCAGACACUGUCCCAGGGCCCCAUCACUGUCAGGCAUGCGUGGCCCUUGAGGAGGACCCCGGUCCAGUGUGGGGACCUGGUGCGUCCCAUCAGAUGUGGUUCAGGGGCGUGACCGCCAGCGCACCCCAGGGCCAUAUGGCUCCUGGUGCAUUCCAGAGUCUGUUCCCGGUGGGUCCCCGAGGUGGCCUGGCCGGGGACACCUCCUGGCCACACACAGACGCUUCUGUGUGCCAGUGUCCCGGGGCUGAUGGUACAGCUGCUGUGGCAUCCCAGGUCUUGGAGACAGCUGCUCCUGUGCUGCUCUGGGGAUCUUCGGGGACCUCAGGGGUGGGCCAGGGCCUCUCUCCAGCUGCGGUGCCCCAGAGACACAGGAUGAACCAGGCGCAGCUGUCACCAGGUGACCUGGAUCCCAGUGUGUGUUCGGCCAGCGUCCCUCUCCCAGUGAUUCUGUACCACCAGUCCCUUGGCAUGGCCACUGGGGUCCCAUCCAGCUACCAAUAUUCAGGUGUUGUCACUCAGACCCCUGGGAUGGGCGUGGCCAGCAGUGGCCUUGUGCCAGGUUGUGCAGGCAGGGUGACCAUGGACACUGUGGUCCCAGACACUAGUGGCCUAGCUUUUAGUCUCCCCCCAGGGUCUGUCAUCACAGACAUAGGCCAGGGCCUCCCCCCAGGGCCUGUGAUUGCCAGUAGGGUGGCCACCAGGCAGGUGGCAGCAUCUGGCCCCAGGGGGAAGCCCUGUCUCUCCAUAGGACCCCUGGCUAGAUUUUCAGCCCCAAGCUUGCCCCCAAGUUCAUUAACCUGUUCGCUGGACCCACAGGUACCCCUGGAUUCCAUGGCAGAGUGUGUGGGCUGCAGCCCAUUGCCAAGGUCCCUGCUCAUAGGUCUCUCUCCUCGCCCUUUCCGCCGAGCCAGGCCUGGAGAGGAUCCUACCGGCGCCUCCCAGGGCUCCGGUGCCGUCAGUUUGGCCCAAAUUCAUCCUCAGGCCCUGGCUGAGAGCCAGGCAUCCCCAGCCCUGUCAAGGGCAUCACGGUUUGGGAGGAGGAUGUCUGGGGCCCCGGGUGGCCAGGCCAGGUGGAGGCCGGCAGCGGCAUGGGAGAGUGCACCCCAGGCACCAGGGUCCUGCAGGAAGCCUGGCCCGGCUGAGCUCCUGCAGGGCCCAGCGUGGCUGCACCCUGGUCCCCUGGACACAGAUGUGCACUGUGACCCCCGGCCCCUCUUUGUAGAGGGGCCACUUCCCAAAGACUCAAUGCCACCAUUGAGGGAGGCGGCUCCCAGCCAUGCCAUCCGUGGGGCCUCUGUCCCUGCCUGGGCCCUGAGUUCAUCCAGGCACCCCAUGGCCAGUGACACCACCGCAGUUCUCCAGCCAAAAUCAGCGAGCAGCUGGGGGCCCCCCGGGCUCCCCCUUGAAGCUGCCAGCUGGAGCCCUGGUGUGCAGGCGGGGUCUGUACUAGAUGGGGCCACAUGCCGGCCCCUGGCUCCUGCGGCCUCCGAGGGCCGCUCGUUUCUACACAAAUCUCUGGCUCUGCUCGGAGUCGGGGGCUGUUCCCAGGGGACAGUGGCAUCCAGGGCAGCCUCACAAGUGCCCCAGCUGGCCCCAGACAGCCUGCACCCAGAGUCUGUGGCCAGGGUGGGGAGCCCCAGCCUUCCCUGGAGGUUGGGAGCCGCUGGCGUGAUGGCCCAUGUCCCAGCCCGUCAGUCCUGGGCCAAACCAGCCACAGCUGCUCUCCCCCAGGGGGAAGCCGCCCCCAGGGCACCCCAGAAACCCACACCCCACGACUGGCCCCCGAGCAGCCCUGCUCAGUCUCCUGACGCGAGAAGACUCUGCAAGUCCCACCAGGACAGCCUGGUCCCAGCGCUGCUGGAAGGGCCUGCAGCUGAGCUUGGUCCCCGCAGUCCCAGACUCGACUCGGGCCUGACGCCCGAGAGUGUGGCACAGGGCAGAAGUGGCCCUAGACCAUCCCGGGGCCAAGAGUCUGCACCCCAGUGGCCCCUCUUUGACCAGUCCCUCCCGUGUUUCACGGGCCCUAGAGCUCAUCACCGCAAGCUGUCCCUGACCCCGGGGUCCCUCCAGGCCCAGCUCCCCCAUUAUUUCUCGGGUCCCACCGUGAGCCACUGCAAGCCGUCCCUGACCCCUGGUGUCCCCCAGGGCCCCGUGGACACCGGCACAUGUGACCAGCCGUGCAACUCUCCUGUGCCCAGCGUGGCAGUCCGGCCCCUGGACCGCUUUGUGGGCCCCCACAACAUGUGGCAGCCACCCCGGGGCUCGGGACUGUGGGGCCGCACAGGCCAGGCUGGGACACCGGAUUGGACCGUGUCGCUGCAGCACAUGGAGAGGGUCGUCAUCCGUGCCGCCACCGUCAUCCAGGCCUGCGCCCGCGGCUGUCUGGUGCGCCGUACCAUCAAGGUGUGGCACCAGAGGGCCACCGUCAUCCAGGCCACCUGGCGUGGCCACCACGUGCGACGCAACCUGGCACGACUCUAUAGAGCCACCGUGGUCAUCCAGGCUGCGUGGCGAGGCCACCGCGUGCGCCAGGCCCGCGCUCGGCACAUGCAUCCCCGGGCUCCCCAGGAGCUGUGGGACGCAGCAGCCACCACCAUCCAGUCGGCCUGGAAGGGCUUCAAGGUUCGCCGCCAGCUGAGGAAGCAGCAGUCGGCUGCCAGGAUGCUGCAGGCCACCUGGCGGGGUCACUACACGCGGAGCUGCCUCACCCCUGAGGCACUCUUGGGGACAGGAAGCCCAUGGGACAGCGCUCCUGGGGCCCCGCGACUCGGCACCAGGCUGUCCUUGCACUGGCCAGGCAUCUAGGCCUCUGGCUGCCGCUGGGCCAGGUAAUAAAGGCUCCCAGCCCCGGUCUGGCGUCCUGUGCUCUGCAUGAAUGGGGCGUCUGGGGCUGGGUGGGACGCACGGCCGUGCUGUCUGUACCCCCCCCUCCGUCUGUGUCUGUGGCCCCCACAGGACCCCAGGGUCCCCUGGAGAUCCCGGCCUGUCCGCGUGGCAUCCCGUGUGCCACUGUUUCCUUCCAUGGCCAGCAGGUGGCGUCCGGUCACUUCCAGUGCACCCCAAAGCUCUCAUCUGGCCUGGCAUGGCGGCCUGGCACACCUGUGAUCCUAGCUACUUAGGAAGCUGAGGCUUGAGGAUUGUGAAUUCAAGUCC